GCGAGGUCGAUAGAGAUCGUGGAGUACCUGCUCAAUCAUGGUGCCGAAGUCAAUUGCCCCAACGGGGAGAUCGGCUCUGCACUGUACCUCGCGUCUUCCGAGGGAGCUCUUGGCAUUGUGCAGCAACUGCUGGACAGAAAGGCAGACCCUAAUCUAUUAGGCGGACGACAGGUCACAGCGUUGGCUGCCGCAGUCGACAGAGUGAGUCUGGAUGUAGUGCAGCUUCUCGUCGAGAACGGCGCCGAGCUGAAUCCAUCUCAUAUCGGAGAUUGGGGAGGUGCGUUAUACCGGGCCAUUGAAAGCGAAGCCCUUGAUUGCGUGAACACUCUACUCGAAUAUUGUGUCGAUGUAAACCAAAAGGGGGGCGCAUUACACACGCCGCUCCAGAUGGCAGCUUACCAAGGAGACGUGGAACCUGUGGAACGAUUCUGUAACCAUAGCGCCGAUAUUAACGCAGUAGGAGGAAAGUAUCAUACGGCUCUCCAGGCAGCUGUUGCUGGGGACAACAUCGAGACUGCCCGAUGGUUGCCAAACGCCGGCGCGGACCCGAACGAAAAUGGAGGCGAAUAUGGAAGUGCCCUACAUGCCGCCAUACACGCCGAGGAUCCCAUUCCACUCAUCGAUCUCCUUCUGGAACACAAAGCCGAUAUCAAUGCCGUGGGCGAA